AUGGCCGACAGCACACAUUUUCGUCGCCUGGAUGAUGCUGUUAAACACUUUGAUGAAACAGUAGCGACUCAAAGUGAACGUUUAGAUCGGCUUCAAGCUGUCAUCACCGACCAGCAACAGUCCUUCGCAGAUCUGGCUCUACGGUUUGCAGCCAUGGAUGGACGACUCGAGCAGGCCCUGCGACCACCAAAUGCUCCACCAGAAGUGCGAAGGUCAGGGUCGUCCACACCAAUCGACUCUGGGUCAUCACUCCCAGCUCCGGCCAACCUAAUCCAGGGUCGCACCAUCCGACUCGACUUUCCACGCUUCGAUGGAGUUGAUCCGAGUGGCUGGAUCUUUAAGGCGGAAAGGUUCUUCGAUUGUCACGGAACUUCUGAUAAUCAGCGCCUCUUGGUGGCAUCCUUCCAUAUGGACGGCCAAGCACUACAAAGGUUCCAGUGGAUGUACAGAUCAUCUCAGUUCUCAACAUGGGCAGUCUUCACCCGAGCGUUGGAACUCUACUUCGGACCCUCAGAGUUUGAUGAUCCGCAAGCAACUCUCGUUAAACUCACGCAAACCACUACGGUGGCUGAGUACCAAUCUCGCUUUGAGACACUCGCAAAUCGGAUUGAGGGGAUUCCUCCUUCCUUUCUGGUCAGCUGCUUCAUCUCUGGUUUAAGGGGCGACAUUCGGAACGAGCUCGCCCGCCCUGCAUUGCCGCCUACAACUCAGCCAACUUCAACGGUGCUCACACUUCCCGCUCCACCUUCCCGUAUACCCAUCAAGCGCCUCACGCCUACUGAGAUGCAACAACGGAGAGAGAAAGGGCUUUGUUACAACUGUGAUGACAAGUACGCCCCAGGUCACCGCUGCAAAACCCGCCAGCUAUUCUUAUUAGAAUAUGAAGAUGGGGACGAACAAGUAGAACCCCCAGACGGAACGGCCAGCGAAGAUUUAGAACAAGCUUCCACUCCAGAGACGGCAACUACUGGUGAACUCUCCUACCACUCCCUAGUAGGAACGCAAUUGCCAACUACCUUACGCCUCACUGGUUACAUCGACAGAAAGCCCAUUCAAGUCCUGGCCGAUGGUGGAAGCACCCACAACUUCAUUCAGAGUCGUGUUGCGAAGCAUUUAGGCCUGGCAGUAGAAACUGCACCUAACAUCACCGUUAUGGUGGGCAGCGGUAGUCGACUAAAGUGUGAAGGAUUGGUCCGACAAUUACAGGUAAAAUUGGUCAACCACCCAAUUAAGAUUGAUGCUUUCAUAUUACCUCUAUUUGGCGCAGAUAUGGUUUUGGGAGUGCAAUGGUUGGCGCAGCUUGGGCCCAUGCUAUUUGAUUAUAGUAAGAUGACAUUGGAGUUCCAUGAUGAAGGGCGGCGUGUCACCUUGGUGGGAGAUGCCUCACAGGGGCCUAUGGAGCUACAAUACCAUAAUGUCCGACGGGUGCUCAACACCGGGGCAGUCGCAGCUCUAUACCAACUGGAGUUGCAGGCUAUGGAGCAGGAUCGGGAUGGGGAUAGCAAUAUGGAAAUCAAAUCUCUGCUUAGAACCUACGAGCGGGUCUUUGCUAAGCCUCCAGGACUACCACCCUCAAGACCUCAAGAUCACGCAAUUCAUCUACAAUCAGGCACAUCACCCGUCAACGUUCGGCCCUAUCGUUACCCUCACUUCCAAAAGACUGAAAUAGAGCAUUUGGUUAUUGAAAUGUUAACGGCAGGAAUCAUUCGACCGAGCACCAGUGCCUUCUCAUCACUGGUCCUUCUCGUCAAGAAGAAAGAUGGCUCUUGGCGUUUCUGUGUGGACUAUCGCGCUCUAAAUGCCAUUACCAUAAGAGACCGUUUCCCCAUUCCCACGGUUGACGAGCUAUUAGAUGAAUUACAUGGGCCAAUUAUUUCUCUAAAUUGGAUCUCGGUUCGGGUUAUCACCAGAUACGAGUACGAGUCGAGGAUGUACACAAAACGGCAUUCCGCACACAUGACGGUCAUUAUGAGUUCCUUGUGA